AGAACUUGCAAAGCAAACAAACCAGCUACCAAAACCCCGAGAAAAAUGUCCAGCUUCAAGAAGUUAUCCCUGUGCCUAGUGCUUUCUAUCAUGUGGACCUCGGUUGCAGACAGCACGCCAAUUAGACAAUGUGCCGACAGCAACUAUCCUCAGCCACUGAUGGUGCAAAUCGACGAUUGUGACGCAUUGCCCUGCGAUUUGUGGAAGGGAACCGAGGCCAAAAUCGACAUCCAAUUUGUUGCCACUCGCAAUACCAUGAAGAAGCUAUCAGCCGAAGUGCAUCUGACCUCGCUGGGAGUGACCAUACCCUAUGACCUAGAAGCCUCCCGUGGCAAUGUGUGCAGCAAUCUGCUCCAUGGCGCCUACUGUCCCCUGGAUGCUGGCGAGGAUGUGACCUACCAGCUGCUCCUGCCAGUCACCACCAACCAGCCGGAGGUGCCCACGCGCCUAGAAGUUCGUCUGCUGGACUCCGAUGACGAGAAUCGAGUGGUGUCCUGUUUCCUGGCCGACACUCGGGUCAAGAAGCCCAGAUCGGCAGUUUAGAUGAAGAUGACUUAUAGAUUAGGCCGCAAGACAUUGUAUCAAUGUUUUUGGCACUGGACAUCGAGUGAUGCCAAUUAAUACCGCAUAAGCAGUUGGCACUUAAGCCCGACAAACACUAUUAGCAGUUAUGAAUAAAUAAUUAGGGGAAAAUAUUAUAAAUAAUCG